GAAAUAUUUGAAAAAGUACAGUAGUAAAAUAUUUUAAAAAGUACAACAGUAAAAUUCAGCAAAAGAUAUUACAUAAUUCAGAAGCAGAAAUUUGUAUGCAACCUGAAAUGUUUCAAAAAGUACAAUACUAAAACAAGGCAAAAGAUAUAGCAUAAUGCAGCAGCAGAAGAACAUUUUGAUAUAUGAAUUGCUAAAAUUGAUUAAAGUGUGCAAAAGAUCCUUGUAGAUAGUAAGACCAGUAAAAGCAAAAAGCAUCUGCAGAAAGGUAGACAAAAUAAUGCUGACACACAGAUACAAAGAGCACAAGAAAGAAACACAUUGAAGAAAAAUAAAUAAAAGAAAAACAGAAACUUAAGUGUGACUGCAGUAAUGUAUUCUCACCUAUAAUAAUAAAGAAAAACAGAAACACGUGCAGCUGUGUGCAUGUGACCAGAUAAAGCAGACAAAACACAUUAAGAAAAAGAGUCCUUUUGACCAUAACACAAUGUUCCUUAUAAAUUUCUUGUAACAUUUUUGGUCUGUAAAGACGCAAGAUUAAUAGUUUCUUUUAAGAAGGAGAUUUUAGUUCCAUUCGUCUUUAUUUUUCAGAAUGUAGAGUCAGGGCUUCUUUCUAUUUUUUUUUAUAUAUAAUCCGUAUGUUUGUCCUUAACUUGAUUUUUGUCAGCACAUAAGCUCCAGUUCAUACCAAACUAACUUUUAGCCACAAAAGAGAUUUUUUUUUUUCGAAUAACAGCUGAAUAUGCAAUCGUGUUUCUAAUGAGUCAAAUCUCAGACUGUUACAUUGAACAUUUUAAUAUUUUAAUGUGUAUUUUCUGCCAUUUUGUAAAUAUGGCAAUGUUCACAGAGCAAGCUAUGUCUGUUGCAAAAAAUAAGAAAAAAAAAAAUCAGUUUUCAAAAGUAAAGUAUUGAAAUAUUUUUUGUUUCACUCUAUUGAACAUUGUGAUUUCAUCAAAUUUUGCUCUAUUUUCAACAAAUCAUAAUAAAACAAAUUUGAACUGACAAACAUCUCCAGCGAUGACUUUGGACAGCAAAAAUACUUUUACUGUACAUUUAAAAUAUUUUUUUCGGUGUUGCACUUUUUAGCAGCACAAAUGCCUAAGCAGUGACCAGUCCCGCCAUUUUGGAUGUCAGAGUUACGACACUGGGAGUACUGUCCCAAUUGUAAUCUGCGCACUCAAACCUUUAUGUGCAUUUCAACUGAGUCCACACUUUAUAGAGUGGCAUAGGGUGCAGCCUGAGAAUUGGGACUAGGAAAUGACACAUCAGGAAACACGCUCUUUAGGGCAGAGCUUAGAUAGAGGCCUAGAAACUCAGUCAAUCCUGUGAUUGGUGGCUUCCUGUCCAGCAGGAAGUUGUGAACAGAGUUUAAAAGUUGCUGCAGGACUGCAGACAUUCACAGGAAGCUGGACCAGCAAUGACUCUGCUGAAAGUUCUGCUACUGCAGCUGGAGCUGGGUGUUGCAGUGAGUUCAGUGUCUCUGCAGAAGAGGAUCAUUGGAGGUCAAAACUGUAAAGACGAUGAGCGACACUAUCAUGUGAAGGUCUAUAGAUAUGAUCACACAAAAUAUGAAAUCUGUGGAGGAUCUCUGAUCAGUGAUCAGUGGGUUCUGACUGCAGCUCAUUGCUGGAACUCAAAUCCAGGAUGGGCUAAUGAGGCACAUGUAGGACUUCAUCCUAACAGGGGUCGAAGGAACAUUUAUCCAAUCACUCAACGUGAGGUUUAUAGAGACAGCAACAGUCGUGAACAUGACAUCAUGCUUCUGAAGCUGCAAAGCAAAACAACAAUCCAACCAGUCAAACUACCUGACUGUCCAGAUACUCUCCCACUCGGCACCAAGGUUCAGUUGGCAGGAUAUGGAGACGUAAGAGUUGGCCCUUUUAACAAAAGAAUCACACAUCGUCCAAAUGAUCUUCAGUGUGCAGAGUUUAAUAUUGGUAAACAUGAAAAGUUGGAAGAGCUACUAGCAAAAGACGAGGACUUUGAGUUCAGUUACCAGAAGUGGUACAGCGUGAGCAGCUCUAAGAAGGACACGUCUUUCGGUGACUCUGGUGGAGGAUUUGUGUUUUUGUUCAAGAACAGGCUGUUUGGCAUUUGUGUCUUCACUGGAGAUCCACUGUAUGCACUCACUGCACCAAGUGCUUUCCUGGAUGUCUGUGCCUACAAGAAGUGGAUAGAUGACACAAUUAACCAAAACCCCUAGGUUGCUAGGUGUCUGUAUUGUGGCUAAAUGUUCCCAGCAUCAUAAAAUCAUAAAGUUCAAGUUAAUCUUUAAAUUUCACUUUUCAGUCGAUUCAUUUUCUGGUUUACAGCUGAAUUAUUUGGGGAUUUAAGUUAAUGUGUACAAGUUAAUCUGUAAUAAUAUCUUAUUUCUCAAUAAGUAAAGAUACUGAUUGUAACAAUUAGUAAAUAAAUAAAUGGCUGUUAUCUGAUCAGAUUGUCUCUCUUGUGCUUAUUUCUGGUUGUUAGUGAAGAAAAUAGCACAUAUUGAACUUUAAAGGCUGUUAAACAAACUUAGAAUCCAGAAAAACUACUUCCAGAACAGGAACAUUAAAAAUUUUUAAUAAAGUCCUGAGGAU